GAUUGUUUGUUUGAGAUUUUUCUUGUUUCUUGAGGUAGGCUUGUAUUGCUAUAAACUUCCCUUUUAGAACUGCUUUUGCUGCAUCCCAUAGGUUUCGGAUCAUUGUGUUUUCAUUGUAAUUUGUCUCUAGGUAUUUUUUUAUUUCCUCUUUGAUUUCUUCAGUGAUCUCGUGGUUAUUUAGUAACGUAUUGUUUAACCUCCAUAUGUUUGUAUUUUUUACAUUUUCUUCCCUGUAAUUGAUUUCUAAUCUCAUAAUGUUGUGGUUGGAAAAGAUGCUUGAUAUUUCAAUUUUCUUAAAUUUACCGAGGCUUGAUUUGUGGCCCAAGAUGUGACCUAUCCUGGAGAAUGUUCCAUGUGCACUUGAGAAGAAAGUAUAAUCUGCUGUUUUUGGAUGGUAUGUCCUAUAAAUAUCAAUUAAAUCUAUCUGGCCUAUUGUGUCAUUUAAAGCUUGUGUUUCCUUAUUAAUUUUCUGUAUGGAUGAUCUGUCCAUUGGUGUAAGUGAGGUGUUAAGAGGCCCCCACUAUUAUUGUGUUACUGUCGAUUUCCUCUUUUAUAGCUGUUAGCAGUUGCCUUAUGUAUUGAGGUGCUCCUGUGUUGGGUGCAUAUAUAUUUAUAAUUGUUAUAUCUUCUUCUUGGAUUGAUCCCUUGAUCAUUAUGUAGUGUCCUUCCUUGUCUCUUAUAACAUUCUUUAUUUUAAAGUCUGUUUUAUCUGAUAUGAGUAUUGCUACUCCAGCUUUCUUUUGAUUUCCAUUUGCAUGGAAUAUCUUUUUCCAUCCCCUCACUUUCAGUCUGUAUCUGUCCCUAGGUCUGACGUGGUUCUCUUGUAGACAGCAUAUAUAUGGGUCUUGUUUUUGUGUCCAUUCAGUGAACCUGUAUCUUUUGAUUGGAGCAUUUAAUCCAUUCACAUUUAAAGUAAUUAUUGAUAUAUGUUCCUAUUACCAUUUUCUUAAUUGUUAUGGGUUUGUUUUUGUAGGUCCUUUUCUUCUCUUGUGUUUCCAACUUAGAGAAGUUUCUUUAGCAUUUGUUGUAGAGCUGGUUUGGUGGUACUGAAUUCUCUUAGCUUUUGCUUGUCUGUAAAGCUUUUGAUUUCUCCAUCGAAUCUGAAUGAGAUCCUUGCCAGGUAGAGUAAUCUUGGUUGUAGUUUCUUCCCUUUCAUCACUUUAAAUAUAUCAUGCCACUCCCUUCUGGCUUGUAGAGUUUCUGCUGAGAAAUUAGCUGUUAACCUUAUGGGAGUUCCCUUGUAUGUUAUUUUUUGUUUUUCCCUUGUUGCUUUCAAUAAUUUUUCUUUGUCUUUAAUUUUUGUCAGUUUGAUUACUGUGUGUCUCGGCAUGUUUUUCCUUGGAUUUAUCCUGCCUAGGACUCUGUGUACUUCCUGGACUUGGGUGGCUAUUUCCUUUCCCAUGUUAGGGAAGCUUUCAACUAUAAUCUCUUCAAAUAUUUUCUCGGGUCCUUUCUCUUUCUUUUCUCCUUCUGGGACCCCCUAUAUUGUGAAUGUUGUUGUGUUUAAUGUUUUCCCAGAGGUCUCUUAAGCUGUCUUCAUUUCUUUUCAUUCUUUUUUCUUUAUUCUGUUCUGUGGCAGUGAAUUCCACCAUUCUGUCUUCCAGGUCACUUGUCUGUUCUUCUGCGUCAGUUAUUCUGCUAUUGAUUCCUUCUAGUGUAUUUUUCAUUUCAGUUAUUGUAUUGUUCAUCUCUGUUUGUUUGUUCUUUAAUUCUUCUAGGUGUUCUUUAAUUCUUCUAGGUCUCUGUUAAACAUUUCUUGUAUCUUCUUGAUCUUUGCCUCCAUUCUUUUUCUGAGGUCCUGGAUCAUCUUCACUAUCAUUACUCUGAAUUCUUUUUCUGGAAGGUUGCCUAUCUCCAUUUAGUUGUUUUUCUGGGGUUUUAUCUUGUUCCUUCAUCUGGUACAUAGUGCUCUGCCUUUUCAUCUUGUCUAUCUUUCUGUGAAUGUGGUUUUUGUUGCACAGGCUGCAGGAUUGUAGUUCUUCUUGCCUCUGCUGUCUGCCUUCUGGUGGAUGAGGCUAUCUAAGAGGCUUGUGCAAGUUUCUUGAUGGGAGGGACUGGUGGUGAGUAGAGUUGGGUGUUGCUCUGGUGGGCAGAGCUCAGUAAAACUUUAAUCCGCUUGUCUGCUGAUGGGUGGGGCUGGUUUCCCUCCCUGUUGGUUGUUUGGCCUGAGGCGACCCAACACUGGAGCCUACCCAGCUCUCUGGUGGGACCAGUGGUGGGCUCUGGGAGGGCUCACGCCAAGGAGCACUUCCCAGAACUUCUGCUGCCAGUGUCCUUGUCCUCACAGUGAGCCACAGCCAUCCUCCGCCUCUGCAGGAGACCCUCCAACACUAGCAGUACUUUUGUGGUUUGGGAUCUUACACUGGUUGAAGGGUUGCACACACCAGCUGCAGGCUCCUGUCCCAGUUUGGUGAACAGACUGCACACACAGGCGGUACUUCACCAGGAAGCUUCUCCUCGAGGGUGGGGCAGGGCUGGCAAAAACUUACAUCCAUGAGAGAUUCCAGUGUCGGGGAUGAGGACUGGACUCCAGUCGACAAAUUGAGUUUCCCACUUUGGAGACAGGGCGGAGGUGUUCGUGGGACAGACAGGAAGCCAGCGAUUUCCACAGGAGGUGCCGUGGGUGUGGUCAGAGUGACCACAGGGUUUCCGUGAGGCAGAGAAUAGGGGUGCUGCACACCUGUUUCUGGCCUCCUGUGUAGUUGAUGCCCUUCAGGCUCUUGAGUCACUAACAGCCGGUGCCCGUGCGUCCCCAUCGUCUGUGGCGUUGCCCUGACCACGACAGGCCAGGGCUCCUGCUCCAGGAGAUCCGGUGUCUUUGGGCCUGGAAAGGUCCCUCCACCACGAAGCACAGAGAGGAUGCCAUGAGGAAGGCUGGUGUGGCCCACAGUAAAUCCAGCAAGGACAUGGAGAGCCACGUGUUUCUGAAGGCCAAGACUCGGGAUGAAUACCUUUCUCUCGUGGCCAGGCUCAUUAUCCAUUUUCGAGACAUCCAUAACAAGAAAUCACAAGCUUCUGUCAGUGACCCUAUGAAUGCGCUGCAGAGCCUGACUGGCGGGCCCGCCGCGGGAGCAGCCGGCAUUGGCCUACCUGCUCGGGGCCCCGGCCAGCCCCUGGGCGGGAUGGGCGGCCUGGGGGCCAUGGGGCAGCCGAUGCCACUCUCGGGGCAGCCACCUCCUGGCACCUCGGGGAUGGCCCCCCAUGGCAUGGCCGUCGUGUCCACGGCCGCUCCGCAGACCCAGCUGCAGCUCCAGCAGGUGGCGCUGCAGCAGCAGCAGCAGCAGUUCCAGGCACAGCAGCAGGCGGCGCUGCAGCAGCAGCAGCAGCAGCAGUUCCAGGUGCAGCAGAGUGCCAUGCAGCAGCAGUUUCAGGCCGUGGUGCAGCAGCAGCAGCUCCAGCAGCAGCAGCAGCAGCAGCAUCUGAUCAAGUUGCAUCAUCAGAACCAGCAGCAGAUGCAGCAGCAGCAGCAACAACAACUACAACGGAUGGCACAGCUGCAGCUGCAGCAACAGCAACAGCAGCAGCAGCAGCAGCAGCAGGCUUUGCAGGCCCAGCCACCAAUACAGCAGCCCCCAAUGCAGCAGCCACAGCCUCCCCCCUCACAGGCCCUGCCCCAGCAGCUGCAGCAGCUGCAUCACCCGCAGCACCACCAGCCACCACCACAGCCCCAGCCGCCAGUGGCCCAGAACCAGCCAUCGCAGCUCCCGCCUCAGUCACAGACACAGCCUUUGGUGUCGCAGGCUCCGGCCCUCCCCGGACAGAUGCUGUAUGCCCAGCCGCAGCUGAAACUCGUCCGCGCUCCGAUGGUGGUGCAGCAGCCGCAGGUGCAGCCCCAGGUGCCGCAGGUGCAGCCCCAGGUGCCACCGCAGCCAGCAGUGCCGACGGCUCAGGCCUCCCAGAUAGUGGGUCCCGGAGUCCAGGUCAGCCAGAGUGGCCUCACCAUGCUGUCGUCACCGUCGCCGGGCCAGCAGGUGCAGACCCCGCAGUCGAUGCCCCCUCCCCCCCAGCCGUCCCCGCAGCCCGGCCCACCCAGCUCACAGCCCAACUCCAACGUCAGCUCCGGCCCUGCCCCGUCCCCCAGCAGCUUCCUGCCCAGCCCUUCGCCGCAGCCCUCCCAGAGUCCGGUGACGGCGCGCACCCCGCAGAACUUCAGCGUCCCCUCCCCAGGACCUUUGAACACGCCUGUGAACCCCAGCUCCGUCAUGAGCCCCGCGGGCUCGAGCCAGGCCGAGGAGCAGCAGUACCUGGACAAGCUGAAGCAGCUGUCCAAGUACAUCGAGCCCCUGCGCCGUAUGAUCAACAAGAUCGACAAGAACGAAGACAGAAAAAAGGACCUGAGUAAGAUGAAGAGCCUUCUGGACAUACUGACAGAUCCCUCCAAGCGAUGCCCUCUGAAAACGCUGCAGAAGUGUGAGAUCGCCCUGGAGAAACUCAAGAAUGACAUGGCAGUGCCCACGCCCCCACCUCCCCCGGUGCCACCAACCAAGCAGCAGUACCUGUGCCAGCCACUCCUGGAUGCCGUCCUGGCCAAUAUUCGCUCACCUGUCUUCAACCAUUCCCUGUACCGCACGUUCGUGCCUGCCAUGACGGCCAUACACGGCCCCCCUAUCACGGCCCCGGUGGUUUGCACCCGGAAGCGUAGGUUUGAAGAGGACGAACGGCAGAGCAUCCCCAAUGUGCUCCAGGGGGAGGUGGCCCGGCUAGACCCCAAGUUCCUGGUGAACUUGGACCCUUCUCACUGCAGUAACAACGGCACCGUCCACCUGAUAUGCAAGCUGGAUGACAAGGACCUCCCCAGCGUGCCACCGCUGGAGCUCAGCGUGCCUGCCGACUACCCUGCCCAGAGCCCACUGUGGAUCGACCGGCAGUGGCAGUACGACGCCAACCCCUUCCUGCAGUCGGUGCACCGGUGCAUGACCUCGCGGCUGCUGCAGCUCCCUGACAAGCACUCGGUCACGGCCCUGCUCAACACCUGGGCCCAGAGCAUCCACCAGGCCUGCCUCUCAGCCGCCUAGCCGCCACCGCCACUGCAUCUCCGGCUGCCUGCCCUCCAGGGACCGUGGGGCAGCCGGCAGCCUCGUCGGGGCCCCGUGUCGGACAUUUCUAGAUGCUGGCUUCCUUAGAGAGCUUGGGCUUAGGUUAACUUUCCUGCUUUUAUCUUCUGCCUUGGGGACCUGCCAAACAUUUCCCACACUUGGACAGGACUGGGACAGGCAGCUGGCUGCUUCCUCCAGGAGCCAGGCAUGCCCCCGGCCCUGUGCUCCUCAGGCUACUAUCCCCGCAGCCUCUGCAGGGCCUGUGUCCUUCCUCGGGAACUCAGGGUCCUGUGUGAGCCUCUUGCGUGUGCACCAGAAAGCUCUUCUACCGUUUCCAUAGGGGAACAUGCAGGACAUAGGAAACCCUUAAAACAUGCAGAAUUCCCUGAUCACGGUUUUGGGUUGAGAUCGUGCCACCGUUGGCAUGUGGGGCACGCCACAGGGAAGCUCCAGGAUCCGGGGGCGCUGACUGCAGCUCGAGGGAAGGUCUGUUUGUGGCUGUGGGUCCCCGGCCACCGGCUGGGCCUCAUACCUCAUGAUCCUUCUCAUUCUAGCCCUGGGAGUCCGCUCAGCACUGUGGAGGCACCCGGGAGUGUCUGGGUAGAUCUUGUUCCUGGCGCCGUGCCCACUGGUUAGGCACUUAGGCCCACUCGGGUUAGGAUGUUGUCCUUGGGACCCAGCGUCUUAAGAACCCUCCAGACAGUUGAGGGCUCCUGACAGGGUGCCAGCCGGCCCUCUGGCGAUGAGAGGUUCCCCCCUUUUGUAUGUGCAUUACCGUGUCUUCUGUGGUUCUUAUAAUAAAUUUAUUAUUCCUGUG